ACACUCGAUGUGGGCGGCAGUUGUCUUCUCCGCCGCUGCGCUGGCUCUUGGGUAUGCGCAGACCGCCGUCAACCGCUUCCCCGAUGGCUUCAUGCUGGGGACGGGUUCGAGUGCUUACCAGGUGGAAGGCGCCUGGAAUGAAGACGGAAAAGGGGAGAGCAUCUGGGACCGGAUGACGCACGAAAAUCCGGAGUACGGCCUAGGCGACGGAAACGGUGACGUGUCGUGUGACUCGUACCACAAAUACAAGGAGGACGUGCAGCUGCUCAAGGCCCUGAACGCGGACGUGUACCGUUUCUCCAUCUCCUGGCCGCGAAUCCUGCCCACUGGAGACCUCGACGUUAUCAACCAGCCUGGUAUCGAUUACUACAAUAACCUCAUCAACGAGCUGCUAGCGAACGGAAUCCAGCCCAUGGUGACGAUGUACCACUGGGACCUGCCACAGGCGCUGCGGUACAUCGGGGGAUGGACCAACCCACUGCUCGCUGACUACUUCGUGGAGUACGCGAGGGUGCUCUUCGAAAACUUCGGAGACAGAGUGAAGUGGUGGGUCACCUUCGACGAGCCGGCCCAGUUCGUCAGCGGCUACGCGGACAACCGCGACUACGCGCCGUCGCAGAACGCGUCGGGCGUCGGCGACUACCUGGCCACGCACACCGUCCUCAGGGCGCACGCAGGCGCCUACAGGCUCUACGACCAGCAGUACAGGGCCGCGCAGAACGGCAGUGUGGGGAUCGUGCUGGACAUACAGUUUGCUGAGCCGGCGGUGAACGACAGCCAGCACCGGGCCGCCGCAGACAGGGAGCUGCAGUUCAAUGUGAGUAUCCUCAACGUGAGCGCCAACUCGGCGGGUCGUGCGAGGCAUGACUGGUCGGGAUGCCGUAGGUGCCGGGACACCGGGUGCCGGGACACCUUCCAUCGCUACCUUGCUAACUUAAACUGA